AUGGGUUAUUCGUUGAAGCUCAUUAUCACAGUUUUGGCACCAUGCUUCAUUGCGUCUAUGGUCAUGGCACGACCAAUGAACUCCAAAUCAACCCUAAUGCCUCGACUCAAAUUAGACGAAGAGGGCUCAUCCUGGUGUUGGGACUCUCUGUAUGAGCUCCAAUCCUGCACUGGUGAGGUCAUCCAGUUCUUCCUAAAUGGCGAGACCUAUCUUGGCCCGGGCUGUUGCCAUGCCAUCCAUACCAUACAACACCAGUGCUGGCCUAACAUGCUUGGUUCCCUCGGCUUCACCUCCGAAGAAGGGGACAUCCUGCAAGGCUACUGCGACGCCACAGAAACCAACUCCAACUCUAACUCUACCUCUAUAGCACCAUCACCACCACCACGAACUGUUAAUCACACUAUGCCCAUGUCCCACAACUAG